CGAAAGCUCCAUGCAGUUCAGCACCAGACCGCCUAGUGCUGAGCAGCCGGGCUUCAUGGGGACAUGGCAGCAGCAGAGCACUGACAGCAACCUCCUCUACAGAAUGUCCCAGCAGGCCAUUCGCUGCACACUGGUGAACUGCACAUGUGAGUGUUUCCAGCCCGGCAAGAUUCACCUACGAACAUGUGACCAGUGCAAACAUGGAUGGGUAGCUCACGCUCUGGACAAGCUCAGCACCCAGCACCUCUACCACCCAACCCAGGUGGAGAUCGUUCAGUCCAAUGUGGUGUUCGACAUCAGCAGCCUGAUGCUGUAUGGCACCCAGGCCGUACCUGUCAGGCUCAAGAUCCUUCUUGACCGCCUGUUCUCCGUGCUCAAGCAGGAGGAGGUGCUGCAUAUCCUGCAUGGCCUGGGCUGGACCCUCCGAGACUAUGUCAGGGGCUACAUACUGCAGGAUGCUGCAGGCAAGGUGCUGGACCGCUGGUCCAUCAUGUCCCGAGAAGAGGAGAUCAUCACCCUGCAGCAGUUCCUGCGCUUUGGUGAGACCAAGUCCAUUGUGGAGCUGAUGGCCAUUCAGGAGAAGGAAGGUCAGGCAGUUACAGUUCCCUCCUCCAAGACAGACUCCGGGAUUAGGACAUUCAUAGAAAGCAACAACAGGACCCGCAGCCCAGGGCUCCUAACACAUCUGGAAAACAGUAGCCCAUCCAGCAUUCACCAUUUUGAGAAUAUCCCCAAUAGCCUUGCCUUCCUUCUACCCUUCCAGUACAUCAACCCAGUCUCUGCCCCAAUGCUCGGCUUGCCCCCCAAUGGCUUGCCUAUGGAGCAAUCUACCCUCCGGCUCCGGGAGCCCAGCCUGCCCAACCAAGUUGAACAGGUGGAGACCAGUGAAUCAGAAGUGUCCCUGUCACCCUUCCGCACAGGCCAGAGCCCUAGCCGUGGAGCUCUAGGAGUCAUGAACAACAUUGAACCCAAGACAGAGCCCAACAACAGGGCAUCCCCCAUCUCACCAUCUCCUUCCACCCAGCAGCAUUCUAAAACCAUCUCCCACCCCUCUUUUGCUUCCAAGAUGCAUCGCAUGCGUCGCAUGGGAUCCACCUCACGCAAGGGCCGUGUGUGCUGCAACUCUUGUGGCAAAACCUUUUAUGACAAAGGUACACUUAAGAUACAUUAUAAUGCUGUACACUUGAAGAUUAAACACCGUUGCACCAUUGAAGGCUGCAACAUGGUCUUCAGCUCACUACGCAGCCGCAACCGCCACAGUGCCAAUCCCAAUCCAAGGUUGCACAUGCCCAUGCUGCGCAAUAACCGUGACAAGGACCUCAUCCGUGCCACUUCAAACACUGGCACACCUGUCAUCUCCAGCACCAAGAAUGGUGGUUUCACACUCACCAGCCCUGGAAGGCCACCGCUGGGCUUCACAACCCCACCGAUAGACCCUAUGCUCCAGUCACCUCUGCAAAGCCCGCUGGUGUUCCCUUCCCUGAAGUCAGUGCAGCCAGUCCAACCAGUGCCCCCAUUUUACCGUACACUACUGUCCCCUGCAGACCUUGUUAGUCCUCCAGUGUCUCUGCCCACCAGUCCGAUUCUGCCAACUACCACCAACAGUACCAGCCUGAUGGACCAGCAACAGCAGAUGUUGGCUGCUGCAGUGGCUUCACACAAUAAUGUUCACAUGUCAGAGGCAGGACUCAUGUCCCACCGCUUAACUCUACCUAAUUCUAAUCAUGACCCCACCACUGGCAGCAGUGACCCCACGCCCAAAAAGAAGCCUCGUAAAUCUAGCAUGCCAGUGAAGAUUGAGAAGGAAGUGAUUGAUGUGGCAGAUGAAUACGAUGACAAAGAUGAGGAAAGUGAUGAUAACAUCCACCACAAUCACCACCAUCACCAUUCAUCACUUCUUCACAACAAUGUCAAAAUGAAUGGAAACUGUAACAGCAACAACAACAGUGGCAGUGGUACUGGGAACCACAGUGGUGGUAGUGGGCAGCAAUCCCCUUCCCAGGACGAGAUGAGUCCUGGCAUAGCUCUUAGAGGCAUGAUGAGACAAAGUGAAGAUGAAUGCCGGGAGGGGACUGGAAGUGACAGCAGGGGUGGAAAUGAUCUUCAAGGCUCAAGUGAGCUACGUUGCAUGGACAGCUUCACCUCUGAGGAUCAGGACCACGAGAGAGACUUUGAGAAUGAGUCUGAAACCUCUGAUUCCAAGAUGGGUGGAAGGGGUCUGGACAAGGAACAGGACGAUGAGGGUGGUGAGGAAGGCCAUUUGAGAAAGGAAAUGGAUGGCAAGGGCCAUUCUUCACCCUCCCCUCAUCAGCCUCCUAUCAAGAUCAAGGAAGAACUCAACGAUCCUACUUAUGACAUGUUUUGCAUGAGCCAGUAUGGUCUCUACAAUGGAGGCAUGGCAGCGGCAGCUGCUGCUGCUGCAAGCAUGGCCGCUCUGCAUGAGAGCUUCAUCUCUUCGAUGGGCUAUGGGGCCAGCCCACCCAAAUUCCCUUCUUCUCAAUCACCAGAGGGAGACCCACGCUCAAGUCCGGAUCCCAAGAUCUGCUAUGUGUGUAAGAAGAGCUUCAAGAGCUCCUAUAGCAUGAAACUGCACUACAAGAAUGUGCAUCUCAAAGAGAUGCAUGUGUGCACUGUGGCUGGCUGCAAUGCUGCUUUCCCCUCCCGGCGGAGCCGAGACAGGCACAGCUCCAACAUUAACCUGCACCGCAAACUGCUGACCAAAGAGCUGGACGACAUUGUCCUGGACCCCCAACUAACACCACUGCCCAAGGACCUGCGAGCCGAGAUACUGGCCAAGAUCUACGCUGGGCACCACAUGGGCUUGGACCCUAUGACCGGGAUGGGCAUCGGAGGCGCCAGCUUCGGGCCCACCGGCCUAAACCACGAUGCCCGUUCCCCCAUGAGCAAUGAGUAUCCCCACCACCCUCUCAACCACCACCUUAAAAACCACCACACCAACGGCUUCUCCCAGGGCCAGCCAGACGACUACAUGGUGUUGGACCUGAGCACUACAUCUAGUGUUCAAUCCAGCAGCAGUGUCCACUCCUCACAUGAGUCAGAUGAGGGCAGCGAUGAAGGCAUCCUAUUGGAUGACAUGGAGGAGGAGGAGGAGGGAGAAGAGGAUGAGGAGGAGGGCAACAGUGAGGGGGAGGACUGCUCCCAGCGAGGAGGACAAGGUGAUGAAUUGGAACCUUCCUCCUCGCCAUUCCUCCUUUCGUCCACUGGGGGCAGUAACAGUGGCAGUGGGAUCCUCUGCAACAUCUGCCAUAAAAUGUACAGCAACAAAGGGACCUUGCGUGUGCACUACAAGACUGUGCACCUGCGCGAGAUGCACAAGUGCAAAAUCUUUGGUUGCAACAUGGUGUUCAGCUCUGUGCGCAGCCGUAACCGACACUCUCAGAACCCCAACCUCCAUAAAAACAUGCCCUUCUCUACAAUAAUAGACUAAAUAAUGACUUGAUAUUCUACCCUGUCAGUUUGCCCGCUCCUCCCUUCAUCCUUCAUCCUAAUUCCUCCUCAAAUUAGCUUUUAACCCCAGCCCAGGGCCAUCAAAUACAAGCUAAAUGCCUGUAUGCCUCCUGCCCAUCCUCUGACAUUUCUAUGUCCCUCUAUAAAAUUAAUUGACUCUAAAUACA